AGGCAGGAAGGAUGCUGCAUCUCGAGGGAAGGAACGGUGCCUAGGGAAAGGAAGUGAGAAAAAAGAAGAGUCAUCAUCCUCUCCCCACCACCUUCCCUUCUGUACCUUGGUCGGGAAAGGGGUGGGGGGCCACGGAAUCGCUCUUUUGAUGCCAAACAUCUGUUCCAUCCUAUCCAACCAUCGUCUUACUGCACCAGCUAUUAUAGCGCCACUUGUUAAACCAUUCUAGCAACCGCCAGGUAUCGACACAGAUUCAGCAACUGCUCUAGCCAAACCACACCGUGUUUGUUGUGCGAGGUCGAACAUGCCAUGGCCAAGCCGGUGAAGGGUAUCACGAGCCCGGUUGUCGGCAUAUAUCCAUUUCCACCGAGACUCCACGCAUCGGCGCUUGAAGGGAUGGACGUACGACAUAUCUGGCAGGAAUCGACUGACAACAGCUGUUGCCUCGCUCGUGGUCUCGCCACCUGUUGGUCAAGCUUCGCGCUGGAAAUUUUCUGCACAACCUUGUGUUCCAUCAUGCCACCACACCCUCGGGGUUUUGGCGUCAGGAAAUCAACCAACCGCGACGCUCCCGAUUACCCUAGCUACCUACCUAGAGGUCUACAAGAGAUGGCGACACACGCACCCGCCAUGCUAUUUCUCCUGCGCCAAUCACCCCUGCGGCCGAAUCUCGAUGCUCUACCGUGCCAAUUUUACUUGGACUUGACUUCUUGUAACCUUCUACUACGUAAUGGCCCCCUUGGGUGUUAUCGCUCCUUGAAUGUGAACUUGAUACCUAGUUGGUGCUCUGUCACCCUCUCUCUCUCCCCGUCUCCCUCGCGCUAUUUUAACGCGUCGGCGGUCAUGAUAUCACCCUAAUUUCGCUGUUGGACUGGGUUCGUCACCCGGCGGCACUCUCUGCCGAGGUCCCAUAGGGUAUCCGCAGUUGCAUCGAUGGGGUCGCCGGACGGGGCC